GAACUGGGCAUGUCCAUAAGGUACUGACACUGUAGAGGAUUACCAAAGCUUGUCUUUGCUUCUACUCUGGGUCCUUAUUUAGCUUAAUACAUCAGGACGCCAGGUAUUUAAGAAGAAAACGUUGACAGAAGACUGUAAAGAGUCCAGAGCAGAAAAUCCACAGUCGAUGGAACAUAUCUGGAAGUAUUACCUGCACAGUGCUAGCUGAGAUCACAGAGAGGAUUUUCACACAGAGUUGAUGUCAAGAUCAGACCAAGACUAGACCCCUUGAGCCCCAGACUAGGACCUGUCAGUCCAAAAGCCAAAGAGACAGUUGAACCCACACCUUCAACACACACAUGGAUUCCCAAGAUCUCACUGACAGGGACAUCACUCUGACUGUUCAGCUCACAGGAGGAGAGGAGUCCACAGCCACAGUACAUGGCAGUAAACCUGUGAUGGAUGUUCUAGUCACUCUGUGUGCUCAACACCACCUCAUUCCAUCGGAUCAUGUCAUCAAGCUCAUCUCCACUAAUCAAAACCACAUCAAUUUCAAACCUAACUCCCCAAUUGGCUCUCUUGAGUUUGAGAGGGUUGUCCUUCAAGCUAAAGGAAGUGAUGGCGCUAACAGGAAAAAAACUCAUAUGCCUGUGGUGACAGUUCGUCUUUUGAUAAACUACAAGAAGUCCCAUAAAGCAGUGGUGCGGGUCAAUCCCAGAGUGCCACUUGCCGAGCUGAUGCUUGCAGUGUGUGAGAAAUGUGAGUUUGACCCUGAUAAAACUGUUUUACUAAGAACAUGCCAAUCUGAGGAAUCCCUGGAUCUCACCAAAUCACUUAAUGACUAUGGAAUCAGGGAGCUGUAUGCCAUAGACACAAAAGUGGUACCAACCAGUUCGCCUUCUGAUCCUGUUUCAACUCAUGAAGGUGGUGAAGAAGAGCAGAAAACACCAGUGAAAGAGAAGAACCACAAAGAAAAGGGAAACAAAGGCUUCAUUACUGUAUUCAAGAAGAGUAAGAAAACACCUGAGCUGGCUGUAUCUGUCAGUGCUCCAUUUUCCCCUGAACUGAACAGCCAACAUGUGGUCAAGGUUAAUGGCCACUCGACCUUACCCACUGCCACUGCUGACAUGACUAAGAAGAGACGUGCUCCGCAACCUCCUUUAACAAUGUCACAGAGCAUCUCCUGUGAACUUCAUACUAGAGAUUUCACCAACCUGCCAGAGAACAACACUGCUGGAAAACAGAGUCUGCUCAGUCGUAUCUCUUCCACUGAGUCCUCUCUUAAAAGGACUAAACGGAGAGCCCCACCCCCUCCAUGUGAUGGCCCCUACCCAUCUGAUUCAGAUAACAAAGAGGAAUUUGAAGAGGAUGACAGCAGUUCAGACAAAUACAGAGCUGGCAUAGCUGGCCAUUGCCCUCUAAUCGCUGAAGUUAUGACCGAACUCGCAGAAUCUCUGCAGGCACAGCAACAGAGGAUGCUGUUUUCUGCGAAUUCUUCUUCAUCCCAGCAUCAUCCAACAGAAGACCAUUGUCAAAGUCUGGUUUCAAAGAGUAGCACGCCUGAAGCUGAGUUUAAGGCACCUCCUGGCUGUCGAUUACUGAGGAACUCCACUGACAGGGAAGGCAUGACCACUUUCACUGUAGUUCCUCAGAGAUGUCAACCGAGCAGGAAAUGUUUUGAGGUGGCACUGAUGCUACAGGCACCAGACACUGCUAAGGCUGAAGAGGAGCUGUGCCCUGGAGCACCAGAAGACCAGGAGAUCCACGGCACAGAACCUUUUAGAAAUGGGGACAAUGGUUUUGACAAGAGUGAGCACUUAUCAGGGAUUCUACAUCUACAGCACUUGGAGAAAGAGAAUCAAGAGUGGGCAGACAGCGAGACUAAGAUUGUGGAACAAAAAGAUGAGAAGCCAUCCAUUCAUACAAGAAACAUUGAGUUAGAGAGUCUAAAAUCAUUUAAAAGGGGCCUCAACAAUCUUGAACUAUUAGGCAGUACAAUAAAUAAUCCAGAAAUAAGAAAUGCAGAUUUUAAGAGUUCAGAAGUAAGAGAAAGUUUGACCAUUAAUUUUGAACCAGCUGAUAAUCAUGAGAGGUCGCCAAUUGUUUCCGAUAUAAAGGGAAGCCUUGUGGAGCGAGAAGAGAUACCAGAAUAUGCUCUGGUAGAGACUAGAAAGGAGAGGGACUGGAUAGAGGAAUAUAAAGAAAGGAGAAGGAAGUUUCUAGGUGGUGAUGAUGAUGAUGGCAGGAGAAAAUUAGAUUCUUGGGAAAGGACUGAGAACAAAUUUAGAAACACACCAAUGGAAACCAGGACGCAAGGAAUCCAUGAUAUUUUCCCUCUGCCACCACCACCCAUCUACUGGUAUGAGGAUGACAGUGACGGCGAGAAUGAAGAGAAAAAUGAGGAAAGAGACAAAGAAAAUAUGAGUGAGCAUGAUGAUGAUACAGCUACAAAUAACCUGUCAUGUGAUACAGACCUUGAACAAUGGCCAAACUUAGAUCUGAUCCCUGCUCCUAAUCCACACAUUGGCAGCAACUUUGAUAGCCAUUCCAACUGCUCUGACUGUAAUGUCAGAUUUGACUUGGAGCCCAAAUAUGCACCUUUUCCACACCUCUCCAAACCAAAGGCCCACUCUACCCAAACUAACCCUAAACCAAACACUUCUGAUGCAAAAUGGAAAUUCAACUCUACUCUAGAACCUUAUAGAACUUCCUAUUUAACGCCUCAACCCAAUCCUGGCUGUACGCCAAAAUCACAUUCAAACUUUGACCCUUGCCCUCCAGAAAAAGUAUCUCUUUUUACUUUGGCUGUUUUUCAGAAGGCUAAGCAUUUCAGACCAAGGCUGGAUUCCAUGCGAUUCAAGAAACGAGAAUCGCCAGUGCACACACACACAAUAGUUGAUGACCAGUCUGAAUGUGGGAGAGUUGCUUUGGCCUGAAUGAGGAAGAUGUGUUUUUCACCAGAAUACAGAAUGUGUGUCCUGAUAUUAAAACUUCUCAUGUUGCCUAUCAUGUGGUUUCAUCUUAUUUUAUUUCUUUAUGAUUAUGUAUAUUUUGUUUUGAUUAUGAAUAACAUUUUGACAGCUUUGCCAGUUUUUAACAAUGCAAAGGUUUUCAUCUAUUUUAGGAUAUUCUGUAAGGAAUUAGAAUAUUCCUGGAAUUGCACUGGUGUUGAUGUUUCCUGGGAAUUUUUUUCAGAAGUUUUGGACAGCAAAUUAACCAACUCUCACAGGAACAGCCAAAUACACUUUGGGUGAAAACAUGCAGCUGAGAAUUGUGAAAUUUCUAAAGAAAUGUGAUGUUUACCAUUAUAUGCACUUUUAUUACCAUUGAUGGCCCCCCAUUAUCUCCUGAGAGAUUUGCCAGUAGAUACACGCUAUUUGUUUUCUAAAUAAUGUUUUGUUUUUCUUAUUUUUGUGCAUGAAUAAAA